GCUGAAGUGGACAAGAAGGACCAGAUGCCGGCUAUUCGCCCUGAUUCACAAACAACAUUGAUCUUGGGUGAGGAAUCCCAGGAAGAGCGGGAGGAUGUACAGUCCGUUUCUCGCCUUUCACGAUCCCUGAGCUGGAGCCGAGAAGAGAUGUUGACCGACAUGCUCUUUCAAGAGUUCCCAGACGAGGGUUUGAUGAUUGGUGACCAGGAACUGGCUGACUUCGUGAGAAGAUAUUUCAUGUGCAAAAAACCAGACCCCGAUUUCAUUGCCAUCGGGUAUGAGAAUGCGGAGGAGGUCCGAGGACUUGCAGCACAUGCCAUCGAUCUUCUUCAGAAAGCCCAUGAUUCUGUAGCUGUCUCCAACAAAGUGCUUCAGCAAACGACUAGCGCCAUAAAGGUGAUGAAGGAGAAGCUUAGCAUGACCAUGGGGCAAUGGAUCGAGUCGGUGAAGGAGAAAACGAUCACCCAGUCAGACUUUGAGGCAAAAAAGAGCGCUGGGGAGAAGUGGCUUCAGGACAGCGCCGAUACGGCUUGGUGCGAAAACAAAUUAAGUCUGGACGAAUGCACAGAGGCCAAAGAGGCAGCCGUGGACGCUAACAUGUCAGUGUGGCAUCUGGCCAAACCAGUGAUCAAGCCUCCUGAGACCGUGGAUGUUGACAUGACUGCCAAAGAAGUUGCCGACUCUUUGGAUGAGGAGUUGGCCAAAAGCUUGGCUGCGCUUGGACUGCCUCAUGAUGGUAAUCCUUAUGCGGUUGAAGCUGCGAAG